UCGACAUUCAUACGAUUGCAGCUGUUGUUAUAGCAACAAAAGACGCCCUCGGCUGCAACGCUGGCAGAUUUUUUGUAACUAAAAAAGCGCCGUCGUCAACUUUUUCUUGUCGAAAAAGACGCCAAGUGUGAACAUAGCGUUACACACGCUCCGCCUAUGCGCCCAUUCCGUUUUGUUUUCGCCCCAUUUGGAGAUAAGCAGGGCAGAGUGCAGUUGUACCUUAUUCGCAACAACGGGAUAGUGUAAAGCAGUUUAAGCUGGAGACGGCGGACAGGAGGACUAACCUAUUUCUUUCUUUGAAUUCAACUGAUUACCAUACUUACUCAUGAGGGGUCAAGUAUGCCAAGUAUGUAGAGGAAGAAGUUUGGUGGAGAUUCCUCCCAGUGCAUCUUAGGACUCCAUCAAAUGGAUCAUCUGAAGGCAGGGAACCAGCCGCCAGGAUCUGAAAUAGCCUUUAUAUGCACAUAAACAGAGACCUGAAGUACCUCUGACUGAACAGGAAUGUCAAGUACUGGGAUCAAAUUCAUUAUUUAAUAUGAAGUUGUGAAGAAAGAAAUAGACUCAUGAAAUCUGAGGGUGAAACAUUUUCCAUCACUUGGGUGGACUAAAAUGGACUAAAUAAUCCUUGCUUGCAAUUUAUAUGGACAUGUUAUUGCCGAGGACCAUUAUAUCCACUAUUGCUGUCAUUAUGGCUGCUAAUUUUGAACUUUGUUUCUGUGGAUGUGCCCGUGCUGAAUAUUAUAUAGAUGGAGAAUGUUGCCCCAUGUGUGCCCCUGGGAACCGUGUUUAUUGGCAUUGUACUGUAGAUACUAGUACAACAUGUGUUCCUUGUCCUGCAUCAACUUUCACAGACGAACCCAAUGGACUCAUAAAAUGUUUUUCCUGCACUGUGUGUGAUACAGUCCAACACUUAAAAGUGAAAAAGGCCUGCACACGCUCUGCAGAUACAAUUUGUGAAGCACAGGAAGGAUUCCAUUGCAUUAAACUAAAUAAAGACUCCUGUGCAUUGGCAGCGGAACACACUGAAUGUAAACCUGGACAAUUUAUUAAACAAACAGGAACAGCAUUUACUGAUACUGUAUGUGCUGACUGCACAGAUGGAACUUAUUCAAAUGGCUCUUUAAUGGCCUGCCUACAACAUUCAAAAUGUGAGACUAUGGGACUUACAGAAAUAAAAGCAGGAACAACAUCCUCUGAUGCUGAAUGUCAGAAAGCAACUUCAGUUGGUCUUAUAGUUGGAGUCACAAUUACGUGUCUUGUAGCUGUAAUUAUGGCAUUAAUAGCAUUGAUCAUGUACAGAAAACAUAAAGCACGGCGCUCAGACAAAAGUGUCUCUUACACACCACAACAAGCAACUGAGGAUGAUGAAUCGAAUCACAACAGAGGGUUUCCCAUCUGAAAAACAAAAGUAUAUGCUGACAUUAAGGACAUGUUGAUUUUAUGAAUAUUGUUUUAAAUGUAAAUAAUAAAAACUACAAUUAUGA